GAGUGUUUUAAGUCUCUCUUGCCUCUCAAGUCCAACCGGCUUUCCCCCUAGCGUUAGGCCGCGCCGCUUCUACCACACGAACGCGACGGAAGGCUAGAAGAACCGCCGUGUAGUAAGGCUAAACUCUUCUGGCUAACUCGUUAUCUGUCAAGGAUCCACAAUGAUGGGAUCCUUUCUAACCAGAGGGCUGGUGAUGGUUUUUGGCUAUGCUUAUCCAGCUUAUGAAUGCUUUAAAACAGUGGAGAAAAACAAGCCAGAGAUCGAGCAGCUCCUGUUUUGGUGCCAAUAUUGGAUCUUAGUUGCGAUGCUGACAGUCUUUGAGAGGGUUGGAGAUACUUUUAUAUCAUGGGUACCGAUGUACAGUGAGGCCAAAUUGGCAUUCAUCAUAUAUUUGUGGUUUCCUAAAACAAAGGGAACAACAUAUGUAUAUGAUUCCUUCUUUAGGCCAUACCUUGUGAAGCAUGAGACUGAAAUUGAUCGUAACUUGUUAGAGAUAAAGGCUAGGGCUGGGGACAUUGCAUUUCUAUAUUGGCAAAGGGCCGCAAGCUAUGGUCAAACAAGGUUUUUUGAGAUUUUGCAGUAUGUUGCUUCACAAUCCACACCAAGGCCUCGCUCUUCGCAGCAGCAACAGCAGGGUGCUGGGGUUCGCCCAACAGCCCCAACUCCACCUACUGCUCCAACUCGCCAGAACUCUACAAAUAAACAGCAGGAACAACCCCAGCUGGGUGCUGGGGUUCGCCCAACUCCACCUACUGCUCCAACUCGCCAGAACUCCACAAAUAAACAGCAGGAACAACCCCAGCAGGGUGCUGGGGUUCGCCCAACUCCACCUACUGCUCCAACUCGCCAGAACUCCACAAAUAAACAGCAGGAACAACCCCAGAAGCCACCAUCACGAACUUCCAGUGCAGCUUCAACUGAGGAGCAGCAGCAUGAACGAGCAAUCGAAGAAGCUGGGCCAUCACAAGUGCCUUCUGCCUCACUCCCUGCAGUUGUGCGGCCCCAAACAGCAGCUGGUGCUGAACCUGCUGCGGAGUCAAGUGUCCAAACAACACAGAAGGAAGCAGAAACAAAAAAGCAGAUAGAGCCAGCCCAAUCCACAGACAACGGAGAUGCAAAACCACAGCCGCAGGAUAUGAUCAUGGACGAAGCUAUUAUGGUCACACGUGGAAGAUUGAGGAAGACACGAGCUGCAGCAAACCGUUAAUAAGGGUUCCCUGUUAUCCUCUGCCUUCCUUGGAUCUUAAGCGUUUGGUAGAAAGAAGCAAAUGUAAGUAUUAAAAAUAAGGUUGGG